AUGGCGAAAUUGCUGGCGGCUCUCAGGAACCACUGGAAGAAAUCCACGUUCGGAGCCUGCUUGCUGGGCUGGGGUGGACACUGGCUCUAUGGGAAGCACUGUGAUAACCUGGUACGAAGAGCUGCAUGCCAAGAAGCCCAGGCUUUUGGCAACCAGCUGAUCCCUGCCACUAUGCCAUUGAAGAAAGCAACAGUCUUCCUCAACCCAGCAGCUUGCAAAGGCAAAGCUGGGAACCUUUUUGAAAAGAAUGCUGCACCAAUUUUGCACUUAUCUGGCUUGGAUGUAACUGUGGUUAAGACUGAUUAUGAGGGACAAGCAAAAAAGCUUCUGGAAUUAAUGGAAAGCACGGAUCUGAUCAUUAUUGCAGGAGGAGAUGGCACAGUCCAAGAGGUUGUAACCGGACUUCUCCGUAGAGCAGAUGAGGCUGCCUUCAGUAAGAUUCCUAUAGGAUUCAUACCCCUUGGAAAAACUUGUACUUUGAGCCACACGCUGUACCCUGAGAGCACAAGUCAAGUCCAACAUAUUACGAAUGCUACAUUGGCCAUUUUGAAAGGAGAGACAAUUCCACUUGAUGUCUUGCAGAUCAAGGGAGAAAAGGAGCAGCCUGUGUUUGCAGUCUCUGGUUUAAGAUGGGGAUCUUACAGAGAUGCAGGGGUUAAAGUUAGCAAGUACUGGUACCUUGGGCCUCUGAAAACCAAAGCAGCUCAUUUUUUUAGUACAUUUAAGGAGUGGCCUCAGAAACAUCAAGCUGCUCUCAUGUACGUGGGUCCAACUGAGAGACCUCCAGAAGAGCCAGAGGAGAAACCAUCCAGGCCUCCUUUGUAUGUGAGGCUUUACAGACGACUUCGAUCGUACUGGUCGUCUCCAAAAGAAUUCCCCCAGGAGGUAGCCCCUGAGGACUGGGAAGAGCUGAAGCUGUCCACCAUUGAGCUUUCCAUUGCAACUCAGAACAGGCAGCUUGAUCUAACACGCACUGAAGAUUUCAUGGACAUUUGCAUUGAAGCAGAGAGUGUCAGCAAAGGGCAGUUUGUUCACAGAGGAAGUCAAAAGAUGCGUGAUCCACACAUGUGUCCUGAAGGGAGUCAGCACAUCCAAGCCAGCAGAUGCAUCUUGCAACUUCCAGAGGGCACUGAGGGAUCCUUUGGCAUUGAUAAUGAGGAAUAUGAAGCUAUGCCUGUGGAGGUGAAGCUCCUACCCCGCAAACUCCGGUUCUUCUGUGAUCCCAGAAUGAGAGAGCAGAUGCUGCAGGCACCAGUACAGCAAGAAUUCAUGGCAGAGGGGCAAAGCUCACCAGUCUUACCAAGGUCUCUUCAAGGCACAUGAGACUUAACUAACUCAAUUAACCCCACUAGACUAAUAAGCCUUUUGGCUAUUUUUAUGUGCGAGGUACUUCCACUGGAAGUGUAUGAUUUGACUGGUCUCAAAGGGGUUAAAAAUGCAAAUGAAAAUUCUGAAAAAUGCAUGUUAACUUGAUGGCAUCUUUUUCUCCCCCUCCCCUAAGAAGUCGUCAUUGUUCCAUUUACAGCACUACAGGGUGAGUGCUGUG